CGAGGUAGUGAGGGAGGGAGGGAGGGAGCGAGAGCGCGAGACAGCAAGAGAAAGCGGGUCCCGCGCAUGCAACGCUUUGCGGGCUGCAGGAGCUCUCUUGCUGGUCCAUGAAUGCGCGCGUCCAGCCUGCCUCUUCCUUCUCCUCAGCCCCGGGACGGCAAUGACAGGAUACCGAGAGCUGCGUGAUCUCAUAGAGGCUGCUUGAGCCCCCCCACCACCAUGCGCGGGGCCGGUAGAGAUUGCAGUGGAGAAUCAGCAGCCGCAGGCGCACGCACGAUGAAAAUUGGAUUACUACAACAUUGAUGUUCUUUGCAGCGGCGCCGUCACAAAGUGACAAGAGCGUGGAAUUUCACUCAAUUCUUGUCAUUUUGGGGGCACGCGCGGUGGAAAUUAUUGCUCUCCAGAUAUCGGGUGGUUUGUUGCCCCCACCCCCCUGCUGUGCAGCGUUUGAGAGUGAGCACCAUCCGAGGCUGCAGGCUUUCGCGGAGGCAAGAGGGGACUGUUGCAAUGUCAUCUCACGCUACUAUUUUGGAGCUCUGUGGAAGGGACAUGUUGGGCUGAAGUGGUUCGGAAGUAUGUCCCUCAGCAGCAGAAGCAAGAGGAGGAGCAGAAGGAGCAGCGGUUGGGGCCGUGGCGGUGACGGUGGCGGUGGCAGUCAUGCUGCGCUGCUUUCCUUCGCUCUGCUGGUGGUGGUGACCUACAUCACCAACCCUGCGAUAGCUCAAAAGCAGCGAAGUGGAGGUGCCGCUGAGAAAGUGCCGGUCCUAAAUAUCGCGGUGAUCCUGGGGCGCACGCGUUACAUCUCCGACCGAGACAUCCGGGCGCUGUGGAGCAAGGAGGAGCCCAUUGACGUCAAUGUGGUCAGUCUGCUCGUGAACGAGACCGACCCGAAAAGCAUCAUCACCCACGUGUGUGACCUGAUGUCCGGGACUAAGAUCCACGGCGUGGUGUUUGGCGAUGGCACGGACCAGGAGGCCAUCGCCCAGAUAUUGGAUUUUAUUUCCUCGCAGACGCUCAUACCCAUCCUGGGCAUCCACGGGGGCUCAUCCAUGAUCAUGGCGGAUAAGGACGUGAAAUCAACAUUCUUCCAGUUUGGCGCUUCCAUCCAGCAGGAGGCUCUGCUGAUGCUGAACAUCAUGGAGGAGUACGACUGGCACAUCUUUUCGAUCGUUACGUCCAAGUUCCCCGGCUACCAGGAGUUCAUCAACAUUCUAAAAACGACUGUCGACAACAGUUUUGUUGGCUGGGACCUGCAAAAUAUCAUCACUCUGGAUGCAGUGGAGGAAGAUAGCCGCUCUCAGAUCAUGCUGAAGAAGGUUCAGUCGCCGGUAGUCGUGCUCUACUGCUCCAAGGACGAGGCCGUCUACAUCCUGGAGGAGGCUCGCUCGCUGGGCCUGACGGGAUUCGGCUACAUCUGGAUCGUACCGUCUCUGACCACCGGCAACCCGGAAAUAACGCCUGAGGAGUUCCCAUCGGGAAUGAUUUCGGUCUCCUACGAUGACUGGGAUUAUCCAUUGGAGGCGCGCGUGGGCGAUCUAAUGAAUACGGAGAUAAAGACCUUCUCGUGGUACAUGAUGAAUGUGACGUGGGAAGGCAGAGACUUGUCUUUCACGGACGAUGGAUAUCAAGAGCAUCCAAAAUUGGUGGUCAUUGUUCUCAACAAAGAGAGAGAGUGGGAAAAGAUGGGGAAGCUGGACAACGGCAGCCUGACACUGAAGUAUCCAGUGUGGCCGCGCUUCAACUCCUUUGGCGACGCUGAGCUUGAUGACAACCACUUGUCCAUCGUCACGUUAGAGGAGAAGCCGUUUGUCAUCGUGGAGGAUGUCGAGAGACUGACCGGUACCUGCAUGAGGAACUCGGUGCCCUGCAGGAAACAUAUCAAAGACAACACAACUGAGGCUGGAGGGACAUACAUUAAGAAGUGCUGCAAAGGCUUCUGCAUUGACAUUUUGAAGAAGAUAGCCAAAUACGUCAAGUUCACCUAUGACCUGUACCUAGUAACCAAUGGCAAACACGGAAAGAAGAUUAACAACGUCUGGAAUGGGAUGGUGGGAGAGGUGGUCUAUAAGAAAGCCGUCAUGGCCGUCGGAUCUCUGACGAUCAAUGAGGAGCGUUCUGAGGUCAUCGAUUUCUCCGUCCCAUUCGUGGAAACUGGGAUCAGCGUCAUGGUGUCCCGUAGUAAUGGAACCGUGUCCCCUUCAGCCUUUCUUGAGCCAUUCAGUGCAUCAGUGUGGGUGAUGAUGUUUGUGAUGCUCCUACUGGUGACUGCGAUGGCUGUUUUCAUGUUUGAAUACAUCAGUCCUCUCGGCUUCAACCGAAACCUGGCACAGGGGAAAGACCCCCACGGUCCUUCCUUCACCAUGGGCAAAGCGGUGUGGCUGCUCUGGGGUCUCGUCUUCAACAACUCCGUACCGGUGCAAAAUCCAAAGGGAACAACCAGCAAGUUUAUCGUGUCUGUGUGGGCCUUCUUCGCUGUCAUCUUCUUGGCUUCCUACACUGCCAACUUGGCCGCUUUCAUGAUCCAGGAAGAGUUUGUCGACCAAGUCACGGGGCUUUCUGACAACAAGUUUCAGAACCCGUAUGCAUACUCACCCCCAUUCCGCUUCGGCACGGUUCCGAACGGAUCCACUGAGCGGAACAUCAGGAAGAACUACCCAUCCAUGCACCAGUACAUGGUCAAGUAUCACCAAACAGGAGUGCAGGAUGCUCUUGUCAGCCUAAAAUCUGGUAAACUGGAUGCCUUCAUCUAUGAUGCCGCGGUGUUGAACUACAUGGCUGGCAGAGAUGAGGGAUGUAAGCUGGUGACCAUUGGCAGCGGGUACAUCUUUGCCACCACCGGAUACGGCAUUGCUCUCCAAAAAGGCUCCUACUGGAAACGACAGGUGGAUCUGGCUAUUCUGGCCAUCAUUGGAGAUGGCGAAAUGGAAGAAUUAGAGGCUCAGUGGUUGACGGGCAUCUGCCACAAUGAGAAGAAUGAGGUGAUGUCCAGCCAACUGGACGUGGACAACAUGGCGGGGGUCUUCUACAUGCUGGCUACUGCCAUGGGGCUCUCCCUCAUCACUUUUGUCUCUGAGCAUCUCUUCUACUGGAGGCUCAGAUACUGCUUCACGGGGGUCUGCUCUGGCAGGCCGGGUCUUCUCUUCACCAUCAGUCGGGGUAUCUGGAGUUGCAUCCACGGAGUUCACAUCGACAUGAAGAAGAAGACAGAUCUGGACUUUAGUCCGCAAGACAAGAUGCUGAAGCUCAUCCAGUCUGCCAAGCACAUGACCAACAUGUCGAACCUGGCCGGCUCUCACAUGAACUCACCCAAACGCGAGUUCAUGCACUCCGCCGGCCCCAUGAUCAUGGACAUGAUGGCCGAGAAGGGCAAUUUCAUUUACGCCGACAACCGAAGCUACGCUCCCAAAGAUAUGAUGUACGGGGACGCGGGUGACCUGCCGUCGUACCUUGCGACCCGCCACAAAGACCACCUCAACAACUACAUCUUCCAGGGAGGCCAGCAUCCUCUCACUUUGAACGAUGCCAAUCCCAACUCGGUCGAGGUGGCAGUUACAGCUGACACGGUCCAGACCAACGCCAAACCGCCGCGGACCCUGUGGAAGAAGUCAGUUGACACGCUCCGCUCGGUGCCGCCGGGAACCUCGCCCAUGCCCGACAUGCUAAUGCCGGACCCUCGGAUGUCAAUGAAGACCCAGCGCUACCUCCCCGAGGAUACGGCCCACUCUGACAUCUCCGACUGCUCCAGCAGAGCGGCUUCCUACAAGGACCCGGAAAACAACAAGCACCUGAAAUCCAAGGACAACUUGAAAAAGAGACCCGUGACUUCCAAAUACCCGAGGGACUGUAGUGAGGUGGAGCUGUCUUACUUAAAAACGAAACAGGUCAGCGGCGGAACCAACCAACUUGGGAGAGGCGGCGGAGAGAAAAUCUACACCAUUGACUCUGACCGAGAGAUGAGCUUGCACUCAGACCCCAUGCACUACCGAGAGAGUCGCGGCCUUGCCGCCGACGAUUUGGAGUACCCAGAAAUAUACUCGGACCAUAGCGAUAACUUUAGAAAAUGUGAGCAGCCCAUCAUCCACCUGAACUCCUCACCACUGCAUCACACCGAUGCGGAUCUUCUGCCAGACCAAACUUACGCGAAACACUACAGCAUGAAAGAGAAAAACCUUUCCCCGCAUGAAUCCAUUGAUCGUUAUAAACAGACGCACUGCCGUUCCUGUUUGUCAAAGGUUACUGCUGGCUACCCUCCCGGAGGGACUUACACCCCUACGGGAUCCGCCUCGGCUUCUUCUACCCGCUCGCCAUAUAAUCGAUGUGAAGCGUGUCUCCACACGGCGAACCUGUACGACAUUAGUGAGGACCAGCUUCUGGCAGACCCCUUGGUGAGCCCCACCAUGCACCACCAACAGCCGCCGCCGCAGCAGCAGCAACCCGAUGAAAUGUUUGGUCUGUACUGGCCGCAAACAGAUGGACCGCACGUCCAGAAGAGAAACCGCUUGAGGCUUAACCGCCAGCACUCCUUCGACAACAUAUUGCUCGAAAAGCCCAAGGAUUCAGACCUCGGCCGACCGGCGCGCAGUGUCAGCCUCAAGGAGAAAGAUCGUUUUCUGGACUCCGCAUCUGACUCGCACUACGCAAACCUCUUCGGCAUGCGUCCCUACUCCGGCAGACUGUUUGGCACCGGCUCCAAAUCGAUGAUGUUUAAUCACAACCUCGAGGAGAGCAAAAGGAGCAAGUCCCUGUACCCGGCCCAUGGCUCGGAAAACCCUUUCCUCAGCCACUCAUUGAGGGACGACACCAGCAGCAGACUGUUCCAUGGGCGGAGCUCCUCCGAUAUUUACAAACAGCUGGCAGUGGCUUCGCCAGCGGCGCUUCUUGGAGCGGCCCCCAUCAAAACGCGCAACGAUGCGAACAAUCUCCGCUCCUCCGCUAAAUCCACCACCUCAUACUGCUCGCGGGAUGGGCGGAUAGCUAACGACAUGUACAAGAAAGAGCAUGUAAUGCCUUACUCUGCCAAUAAGACUUGUGCGUACCCAGCCUCACGUGGCGUCCUUAACUCAGCUCAGUUCAGCAAUAGACGGGUGUAUAAAAAGAUCCCUAGUCUGGAGUCGGAUGUUUAAGUCAAAAAUCAUAUAUGUUCUCCUCCCUGAGUUUGUAUUAUAAUUUCGUAUCCACGAAGGGAUGUCAUAGCCACGCUUUUCUUUUCGUGACGUUGUAUUCUCCAAGAACCUUCACCCGUAUGGGUGUCAAUGUACAGCUUUUGUCUUUUCAGGUGAUAUCAUCGUUUCUGUUUGUUCUCUACCAUAUACUCAUUACUUGGCUGCUUGAGAAAGUACUUUGCCAUGAGGCGUUGCGCAAUACCUGGGAGAAAGAGUUAUCGACUCCGUCGUUUUUUUUCUCGGAAGCACGAUUUCGGAGAAGACUUGCUAUUGGGAAAAGAGAUGAUUGGUUGUGAUCGAACAAAUGGAGAAACAUCAUCAUGGAGGAUGACGUGAAUGUGCGACGGAUAAAGCACAGGUUUGGAUUUGUUUUUGAAACCAUCCUCCUGGUCCAUAUUUCUCCAACUUGCGGGUGUAGGAUUAUUUACAGGGAGACUAUAUUGGGCACAUGAAAUGUGUCGACCUGAAAUAGGCCAUCUCAGGAGGGCAGGAUGCCACAAUGAGCCAGUCCGACAGUCUGCUACUUAUUACAUUGACAUAAGUGUGACAUAAUAUGGACACGAAUGGGCUCAAUGGCACAGGGGGGAACAUCUACCGUUUGGAAGCGGCUGUUUAGACCAAGCUUGGGAACUGUGAGCGGAGUAGUGUAGGUGCUACCAAUGAAAUAAUGUUUACAGACUGAUAAAAAGACAAAACUGACACCGUGGUAGACAAGCAGGAAAGACUGAUGCAAAGUACUGCUUUUUUUUUUAUUCUAUUAAACCUAUAAGAUUUUGAGAUUCUGACACUUGGAAUCCACCUGUAGGCUUUGAGUGUUUGCUUAAUUGUUAGCACAGUAACCGUUAGUUUUAAACCUCUUUCCUACAAUCGUUUUUAAAAAGCAAGGCUUUCUGAAAAACACCAAUCCAAAGCAGUCGAUUUGUUUUUGCAUGGGCCCAUUUUUUUCCCCCCAUUGCAGCUGAGAAAAAAAAAACACAUUCUAAAAUAUAUUGUUGUCAAUGUUUCUAACAAAGGGGCCCCUUUGCAGCCAGAUGUGGCGUAUGGACGUUUGUACAAUCGAAACAUUGACCUUAGUCAAUGUUUAGAGGCUACUGUUGCAAGAAGAGCAAGAAUGAGAAACGAGAACACGGCAAAUAGGUGGAAAAAGAUCAAAUCUAUUGAAAUUGUGGACUGGAUGAAGAUGCUUGAUUGUUCGAUGACCUCCUUGCAGAUGAUAUACAGGGUACUCGUUAUUUUUGAAAAACAGGUGACUCCUCCCCCUCCCUUGCUCGAUCACUCCACUAGGGUGUAAUUUAUUUUAUUAUAUAUAUUUUUUUCCUUCACACUGGAUAGUGUAUAUUGUACAGUAGUUACUUGGACAUCAAUUGAUUUUCAUUCGCAGUCGAGCGGGGUUCCUUAUUUAUUUGUCACUUCAUACGUUAGGAUGUAUGUAUGAUGUGAGUCGGGCAAGAUGGGAUGGUCAAAGUAUUGUGUGUGUGCAUGGUAGCCCUUGGGUAAGCUUGAAGACAAAAAGAGUCAUAGUGCUUUUUUUUUCAUUUCUGUUCUUUUUUGACACAUGCACACAUUGUACAAAUGACUGCACACUUUUAUUUUUUUUUUUGGGGGGGUAGCAUUUUUACUCUGCACCAUCUACAGUUGAAAAAGAGAAAAUACAAGAAAAAAAAAUAGGCUUCUUAUCUGAUUUCUUGAUUUGCCCGAUUGGAUUGACAGAGACAAAUUGUAUCAAAUGAAAUACCUCAGGAUGAUGAUGAUGAUGAGUAUUUUGAGGGAGCGUCAAUCAUAGCAACGCAAAAAGACACUGACUAUUUUGUAGAAAACUAACCAAAAACAUUUUUCUUUUUUUUAAAUGUUCAUAGUGGCAGCACACAGAACCAAACUUGUUCUCCUUUUUGACAUGUCAACGUCUUCCAAUUGAGGAGGGAAACAGGAGGGGGGAUUGUGCUCAUGGAGGAGGGCGUGACCGUGCCGUUUCUCCCUGUGCCAAAAAGUGCACUAUAACAGAAUGAAGGAUGUUAAUUAAAUGUCCCAAAAUUUUGCCACCCUUUGAUGAAAAUGCUUUUUAUGUUGUUGCUUUUUUUUUUUUUAUAUAAAUGAUGGCAUUUGACUGCCUUUCAGUUGGAGCUCAACAACCACAUCAUAUCACCCUUUCUUACUCUUGUACUACUUCCUUCCAUUGCUUCAGCUGAACCCACUGACUGAUGAGUAAUAUGUUGUCCUUUUUUUUUUUUUUUGCAUCUUAUCUGCAUAUUUAUUAACAUAUAUAUCUCCACACACUGCUUGUGUGAGCUGAUGAGUGAAUGAGUGAAGUGAACAAUGUAA